UUCUGAUCUCAGCUGUUCUUGAAGCGUGUUCUCUCUGUUGCAUUCAGAUUUCGCACUAUCGUGUUGCCGAAGGUUUUUAUUUGAUUCAAAUUGAAAUUUCAAAUUUUCAUUAAAAUGGCAGAAACCGAAGCAACUCCUGCUCCUGCAACCACCCCUAAGAAGGCAAAGGCAGCGAAGCCGAAAAAGCCCAAAACUACACCAAAUCAUCCAAAGGUAUCCGAGAUGGUCAAUACAGCCAUAUCAACUCUGAAGGAACGUGGCGGAUCAUCUUUGCAAGCGAUUAAGAAAUACAUUGCAUCUCACUACAAAGUUGAUGUUGAUAAGCUGUCACCAUUCAUCAAAAAAUACUUGAAGAAUGCUGUUGCGUCCGGAACAUUGGUGCAAACUAAGGGAAAAGGUGCCUCUGGUUCUUUCCGAAUGACCACUGCAACCAAAGAGAAGUCCAGCAAGCCCAAGGCCGAGAAAGCAGCCAAACCCAAGAAGGUAGCGAAACCUGCAGCCGCUAAAAAGGUAGCAAAGCCGAAAGCUGUAAAGAAGGCCCCCGCAGCCAAAAAGCCUAAGGCUGCCAAGCUUGCCAAAAGUCCCAAGAAGCCCAAGGCUGUUAAGCCCAAAGCUCCCAAACCCAAGAAGGCCAAGACACCAAAGAAGGCAGCACCUAAGAAGGCCAAGAAAUAGACUUUCUUCAUUCGUUCGUGCCCUUCUGUAAAUAUUCCAUUUUUCAUCUUGCAUGCAUCGUUUUAGAUGGAACCUUUUAGUUGAUCUUCAUCCUGGCAUCAUCAGUCAGCUUUGAAUUUUCAUGUAAUAUGACUCAUCUCAUAGUAUCAUCAUGAAAAAUCAUCAAUCAUUUCUCGUGCAUUUGAAGUUCACAUAUCGUUUGCAGUCAUUUGUGUAAGGACAUUAGAACUGUUCUCAAGAAUUCACCCAUGGAACUGUUAAGAUUUUAUUUUUCUGCAAAAUGGUUAAAGUAAGUCACUAAAUUGGUUAAAGAAAUUUAUGUAUAGUAUGCUUAAUAUUUUUCUACGAUCAUGCUAUUAUUUUUAAUGAAUAAUUUAAGAGUUAAAAUUGAAAUGCAAAUAUUUGAUUCAUUGUUAAAAAAAAUUCUAUUGCCAUCAUGUAAAUUCAUCCAGUUUUUAAAAUGAUCAUAGAUUUUUUUUAUUUGAAGAAAUGUUAUUGUUUAUUUAAAGAAUAAUAUGUUGAAAUUUAAUUUGAAAUUGUAUUAUACUCAUUUGCAUCAUCAAAAAUUCCUGAUCUGGAAUUACAUGUUGACCAACCUGCACAAAGCAUUUUAUUGUAAAUGCUCAUAAUUUUUAUAAAUAAAAGAUUCGAAACUUG